AUGAGUGUGGGCCUGGGGACUGGGAGAGGUGGCUCCCGCAGCUCCCCUGUGCUCUCCAUCAGGCUCAGAAUUUGGAGAAGAUCCCUGGUCGCUCGACCUGCUCAAGUGCAACCCCCAGACGCCAGCGCGACCAGUUCAAUCCAGGCUCUGGACCAGCGACUGGUGGAAAUAGAGACUCAGAGGCUGAUCCCAGGCCCAGGCAAGGGGAGGGACCCUGCUCGCCAGACCACUCAUGCAUCCGCGUGGACGGGGCGCCUCCAAGCCGGUAAAAAAGAGAGGACCCGAAACCUGCUUUCCCCUACACCUGCUGAGGCCCGUGCCAAUCCACCGACCCUCGCGGGGGUGGGAGGACCUCGGUGGGCACUGCCCUUUCUGUGCCCAGCCAAGCGGUGUGCCCAGGAGGGGGCGCCUGGUGCCCUGGUCCCAGGCGUCCUGCACGGGUUCCCUUCCGUGACCACCGGGCUCUUUGGGGUCCCUGUCGGCUUAAAGGGAGCACAUUUCCUUGAUGUUCUUCAGGGAGGCAGCAGGAACAGAAGCCGGCCAGAUAUCAAAACUACUGCAGUGGAGGCUUUUAUUUUGAGCUCUCAGCAGCUGAAUUACAGAAUGCCCUUUUUUCUGAAAGAACAUCUUUCGCUCAAAUUGCCUGUGUUGAAUAACAUGCCCACACUUCAGGAACACCAGGAGAAAACUUCCUGGCCCAGGUUGAUUUUACCUGUUGUUUCUAACUACAACCUAAGAUUGUAUUGGUGGCAGGGGAACUGCCAGAUGCAGGAAGAGGCCGUGGUGCUCAGAGUGGGCCUGUGCAACAAUGGCUUCAUGCACGGUGUGCUGUAGGCGAGCAAGUUCAAGGAUGAGUCUCUGUACUUCCACUUCCAUGCUGACGAGGAGAUGGAGGGGACCAGCAGCAAGAACAAACAGCUUUGCAGUGACUUCAAGCUUGUAGAGAAUAUCCUGGCCAAGUGGCUGCUGAUCCUGCCCCAGGAGGAAGACUACGGCUUCAACAAUGAGAAGAAGAACAAGGGCAUGGUGGUGAAGUUAAUCCAGAGGGGCUCGUUGGCAGAGAUGACUGGCCUGCUGGAGGGCAGGAAGAUGUACUCUAACAACAAGGACCUGGUGUUGCUGCGGCCCUUCUCCAAGGUGGAGUCCCUCCUCAACAAGUGCUUCUGCUCCCACUGCCCCCUGCACCACCAAGGCCUAAUAGUGAGUUCAAAGGCGAGCUGGACCAUCAAAGAUCCUGACCACCCUGAGGCCCUGUGCUUCCAGAUCUGGGGAGCUGCCCCACCCUGUUUUUAUGCCAUGGGGAGAGGCUCCAAGUCUGAGGCUGCAGGACUGAGUGCUGGCCAGUGCAUCCUGAAGGUCAACUGCAGCAGCAUUGCCAGUGAGGGUGACCUGGGCAUCCUGAAGCACUUCCAGGCAUUCCAGAGUUGCGGCCAAGAGGCGCUGGAUGGCCCAGUGGUCAGCCUGACAGUGGACAACAUGGACCUGGAACCUGGGGUGAUUGAGUAUGUGAGCAACAUGGGCAUCUGGUACCACAUGCUGGAGAGGAUCAUAGAGCCCUGAGGCUGCUUUGGCCUCACCGCCAAGAUCCUAGAGGCCUUAGCUGCAGAUGACAGUGCCUUCUUGCAGAACUGCGGGUGGCUCUUGGCCAUGAGCACUGCCAUUAUGAUCAUGUCCCACUAUGACUUCUGCAACAUCUUCAACACCAAGCUGGAGAGCAUUGACCAGAGGAUCACCUGCUACCAGCAGUUUGCAGUUCAGUUGAAGAGCCGUGUCAGCCCCGCCUUCAAGCAGGCUGCCGUGGAGCCCCACGUGCUGUGCAGCCUGAACUUCUGGCCCACCAACUGCCAUGUCAACCUCAUGGAGGUGUUCAACCCCAAGAUGACCUCCUCCGUGGGCAAGUCCUUCAACAUCCAAUUCGGGCGCAAGCCCUCCCUCAUUGGCCUUGACCCCAAGCAAGGCCACCUGAACCCCAUGUCCUACACCUAGCACUGCAUUACCACCAUGGCUGCCCCAUCCUGGAAGAGCUUGCCUGUGGUGGAUGGGGAGCCUCAAAGGCAGACUCACAGUGACAGCUCUGGGCCAGCCAGUGGGUCCGUCUGCCAGGAGGACCAGGGCCUGAGCUCCCUGCUCAAGCAGGAGGACCAUGAGGUGCAAGAUGCCUACCUGCAGCUCUUCACCAAGCUGGACAUGGCCUUCAAGGAGAUGAAGCACUUUGUCACCCAGAUUAACAGGCUGCUGUCCACCAUCAUGGAGCCCACUCCCAAUGGGGCCUGUUACCCACACCUAGCUAAGGAGGCAUCUUCCUCCCUGAUGGUCAGUGUGGACAGUGAGAUGGACAGGACUGACCACAGGGGCAUCAAGAAAGUGUGCUUCAAGCUGUCUGAGGAAAACCUGGAAGACUCAGGCCAUAACACCAUGAGCUACCAUGGCAAGUACAACAGCAACCGGGACUUGGUCCUGUCCUACACCAGAGUGAGAAGCAACAACUCCUACCUGGGCAGUGACAAGAUGGGGUCUGAUGAAUGGCCACCCAGCACAGGGAGGGCCUCGGUCCAUUGGCUUAGUGGGUAUCUGAGCCUACUUCCAUGUUUGCAUUGUGUUCCUUUGAGUCACACUGAAGUCUCCUUUUGUCUGCUCAUUCAUCAGGUACUUAAUCAAGCACCUGGCAUGCUCUGGGUGCUGGGACACUUAGUGAGUGAAACCAAGAUCCCAGAAACAGAGCAGAUAGAGACCCUCAGCUGCCAGUUCAUCCAUGCAGCUCUGCAGUCAGUAAAUAGUUUCCCAGAGCCAGCUCAUGCCAGGCCUGAGUUCAAACAGAAAGAAGAGUGUAUGGCCUGUGGAUGGAUCUUGAUCCAGAUCAGCAUCCAGGAGGAUCCCUGGAACCUCCCGAGUUCCAUCAUGACCCUGGUGGUUAACAGCCAGAGAUAUGUGGAAGAUGGGAAGAACCAGCUGCUCCUGGCCUUGCUUAAAAUGCACAGGUGUGUGCAUGUGCCCAGGUGUACCAAUGCUGAGGUGCAGCUGCACAGGUAUGCAAAAUUCUGCCAGGCCCUGGUGGCCACCAUGUGCACCUUCUCUGAGCAGCUGCUGGAGGCCCUCAGCUACGGCUACAACAGCAAUGGCGAGUAUGAGGAGAGCAGCGACGUCAGCCACAAGUGGUUGGAGUUGGUGGUGGCCACUGGGGUCCUGAUGCACUCCCAGUCCCUGCUUGCAAUGGCCAUGGUGGUGAGAGAAUGGGCCAUGCUGGAGGACAUCUGGGUGACCCUGUCAGAGCUGGACAGUGUCACCUUCUCCUUUAAGCAACUGGACGAGAACUGUGUGGCCAACACCAAUGUCUUCUACCACAUAGAGGGCAGUCAGCAGGCACUGAAGGUGGUCUUCUACCUCAAUGGCUACCACUUCUCCAAGCUGCCCUCCCGCCAGGAGAACAGGGCCAGCCUCCAACCACACACUGUGCUUUUCACUAAAGCUCUGGAGAAUGUGGAAGGGCUUCCUCCUCCAGGCAGACAGGUAGCAGAGGAUUUGCAGCAGGAGAUCAAUGCCCAGUCACUGGAGAAUGUCCAGCAGUAUUACCACAAGCUCAGGACUUUUUACCUGGAGCCUUUGAACCUGCCCAUGGAUGCCAGCACCACAGCCAUGAAGAUCGACCAGCUGAUCUGCCCCAUCAAUGCCCUAGAUGAGCUCUGCCACCUCGUGAAGUCCUUCGUGCACUCCAAGCCUGGCACCAGCAGGAGCAUGGGCACUGACCUCCUCCCUGUCUCCUCUGAGCUCUGCUACCACCUGGGGGCCUGCCAGAUGGCCAUGUGCAGCACCGGCAUGCAGAGGAGCAUCCUGAGUGUGUCCCUGGAGCAGGUAGCUGUCCUGGCACAGAGCCAUGGGCUGCUGCCCAAGUGCAUGAUGCAGGCCACAGACAUGCAAAAGCAGGGCCCCAGAGUGGAGAUUCUGGCCAAAAACAUCUGAGUCAAGGAUCAGAUGCCCCAGGGUGAACCAUGGUGAGUGGACCCUGCCCCUCCUCCUCCAGGGGACCAUCGACACUGGCAGACUCCUGGUGCUGCCCCAGGCCCCACUCUGCUUUUGAGGACUCUGCUUUGGAAGCACCAAGCCUGGUCCAAUCUGUACCCUCACAAGGGCACCUGCAGGCCCUGAGACCCAGCAGUGAGAUUCCAUCCCUGGGUUGUAGCGGGGGCGUGGAGGCAUCUUCAUCCCCAGGACCUCUGCAGCAACUCUCUACAGACCACGCAGUGACCAUGUGGUUUCCAGUGCCCAGACAAGGGCAGGAGGGCUGGAGACAGCACUUUGCUCUGGAGAAAUCUCUUCCCCUGGCCACCUCUGGUCCCUAAAGCAGACCUCAUGUGGUUUAGGACUCAGACACACAUGGGGAGUCCACAGUGGGCGGAGCCAGGUGGGGACUUCCCAGGCUGCCUUACUUUUUGCACAUGCCCAGCUCUCAGGCUGCUGAGGCAGGCAGGGCUGGACAGGCAGAUGCACAGUGCAGAUCCGGACCCACCCACUCCGCGUGAGCUGGCUCUCUGGAAGCCUUGUCAUGGUGUCCUGGUGUUGGCGUCUGGCUGCUUCAGCACUGGCGGAGACAUAUUGCCUGGACACAUGCUGCUGUGGGCUGCAGUCGCCAGACUGCCGCCCUACCCCUGGGAAAGGCUGCUCUCAGGAAAGGCAGCUUUCUUCCAGUAAGUCUGCUGCCUCUGGGUAACACCGCCUACUGCCACACUCAGGUAAGUCCGCCUGGGUAAUGCAGCUGACCUAGGGGAAGGCCCCCUCCCGCCGCCCCUGGGUCAGGCCGCCCUGCGGGAAGGCCUCCACCCUCCAUGGGG